GCUCACGGCCUGACGCCAGCACCAGGCCAGGUGACUGAGGCGAGAGCGCGAGAGGUGUGAGCGAAACAGGAGCAGUCCUUGUUACCGCUGACCAGGUCAGGUCAGUGGUGGUGUCAGUGGUGUCAGUGGUACGGUGGUGAUGGUGCGGCGGUGGUGUCCGCACAGGAGACAGGCUGUGGCGUUUUUCCUUGCGGCGUUCUCGCUUCUCUCGCUGUUGUUUCCGCCACGUGAUCAGCGCAGCGUGAACGAUGGUCACAGCCGUCACAGGAGUGGGAGCUCGGUGUGCCGGCCGGACAUGGAGGUGACCCGCCUGCCGCCCAUGCCGGACGACGAUAACGUCCUGCUGCACGCCCUGUUCCGGUACCUGACCGAACCGAGCCGGGCCGCCUGCGACAGGGUGCUGCGCUUCGGCGGCAUGUCGCACCUUGACAAUCUGAAGUCCCUGCGGCUGGACGGCCACAAGUACGUGUGCGCGGACGCCGAGUUCACACUGCUCUCCUCCACCUCCUGUCUGGUCUACUCGUUCGGCAUCAGUGAAGACUGGUCCUUCGACUUCGACAUGGAGUCAUUCGGCUGCACAGUGCACGCCUUCGACCCGACCACUAACGACACGGCGGGCUACCAGAACGGCUCUAUCUUCUUCCACAAGCACGGCAUCGGCGGCUGGGACGGACAGGUGGACGGCAUGGCCGUGCGCUCGCUGGACUCGAUCGCGCAGAGACUGGGACAUGCAGCGCGCACGGUGCACUACCUGAAGCUGGAUGUGGAGGGCUCCGAAUGGGCUGUGUUUGAGCAGCAGGUGCGCGGCGGCGAGCAGUCCACCCUGUUCAGAAACGUGGAGCAGCUGGGAGCCGAGCUGCACUUCACCUGGCAUCUACCGGUUACGUUUCACCGCGAGUUCUACCGGCGAGUGUAUCGCGCAUUGCUUGGCUUGCAGGCGAUGGGAUUCUACCCGUUCGCGCACGAGUGGAACUGGUCCUCGCAGGAGAUGGAGGUGCCAGGAUUUGAACACAAGCUGCCCAGUGCCAUGGAGGUAGCCUGGGUGAAGUCGAGGUGCGCGCCGGAGUCGGCGCGAUGGAGGACAAAAUGAGGCAAUCGCAAUGUGUGAUUAGAUAAGAGAGUCGCGAAAGAAAUGUGUGAUAUGAUAACCGCGGUGCAUUUUGGUGAGUGAGGGUGACGAGGUUGUGCCAUUGGAGUGUUGAACAUUCAUAGGGAUAGGUGUUCCAUGAAUUGGAAUGUCUCCGAGAACUUGACAAUUCGCCGAUUUUUACCUUGUUCUCGCAUAUCUGUUGCCUAUCAUUUUAAUGCGUUGCCAUUGUCAUGUCGCGGUAUGAGUAGCUAUGUCUUGAAGAACGGGCUAAUGAAUGUGAUGACAUACAGCUGGUUGCGAGCUGGUUGGAUGUGUAGUGUUCAUUAUGAAUCUUGUAAUGUAAAUAUACAUGCUUGUGAACAUU